GUGCAAGGCAACAGAAGAAACUGUUGUCAUGAGUUCGUCAUCUAAAACUGGCAGUCCAGAGAAAGCAUCUGGUUCUAAGAUGCUGAAGAAGGCCAAGUCGUUUCGUGAUGAUGUGAAAGGACUGAUCAAGCGACGGCCAUCCUCUUCAGCUCACGACAACUCAACCUCAAGUUUCAGCCAGCGCAUCAAAUCCCGCCCUAUCCCCUUAAGUCGAGGGAGCAGCCUUGGCGAUGCUGGCAGGUUUGACCUACCAGAGAAACCAGAAGACUCGGACAAGCUACAAGAGGAAGUCAACAAAGUAUACAGGUCACUUAAGUAUAUUCGGGCCGUAGUAGACAAUGAAAAGCUACAGGUUAUCCCAAGCACAGCGACUGUUGUCCUGGAAACAGUCAUGGAUGUAUUCACUCUCCUCAACAACUUCUUCCUCACAAAAGACAGUUCCACAAUGAUGUCACGGCACAACAAGGUCUGCCAGUGUUUGGCACGCUUUAUACAAUGGGCGGACGACAUUUUACUCAAUGGGAAGAAGGUGCUUAACAAGGAGGCAGCACAUGAAGUCAUCACUGCUUUGUCAGAUGGUGUUGAGGAGCUUAAGCAGAUCAGCCUGGACAAACUACAUGACAAGAAGUUAAACCCUCGAGUUACUGACCAGAUCUAUGGUUCUCUAGCAGACAGCAACAAGAGGUCAUCACUUCCUGAGAUACCUCUGACUCCAAGGGAAAAGGAGAUCCUGGAACACACCAGUGAGAUGGGUAUAUAUGAUAACACGCCUUUCACAACUUCACGCUCCAGUGACAGCAUCAGUAGCAAUCACCGUGACCUGAUGAUGAGAAAAGAAGUAUCUCCGCCCCCAAAACCCCCACUUCCCAAAGAUCAGGCUGUGAUACAUAGAUUGGUCCAACAGCGGUCACAUGAGAGCCUGCCCCCUGGUGGCGACGGUGAUGUCUCUCCACCUCCACUACCAAAUAAAGAAAACAGAAGAUCUCUUACUAACACGUUAGAAAUCCUAUCUGGAAUGCCAAAUCCAUUGGGCCAUGUGAGUCCAAACCAAUCUCCACAUACAAGUGUGAUUUACACAAACACACCCUCAGAACUCUUAUCCAGUUUGGGGCAUACUACCCUCAGUAACCAGUCAGAUCAGAGCAUAUCCCCUCUCAGCCGGUCACCAGGGAGCAGUAUUGGGUCUGGUCUGAACCGUUCAUCAGAGGACCUACUGGACUCUACGAGCCAAAAUAGCAGUCGUACAAAUAGCUUUUCCAGGACUUCUUCAGAAGCUAGGAUAGGCAGUUCCUUUAGUUCAAGUACUAUGAGUAAAAGUUCAUCACAAUCAGAUGGAACUGUAGAUCAGAUUAAUCAGUUAACAAAAGAAAUUAAUCGCCUGACAUCUGAUAUUGCAAUUAUGACCAAAAAGAAUGGAAACCAGGGUGAAAGUAGUGAAGGGCAGGAACCACCGACAUUGCCCAAGAAAUUAAGUCGUCUGCCCUCCCAAUAUGAUAACAUGAAUGAGAGCGCCCUUCAUAUGACGACUGGCUCUGCAGGCAGCAGUCGGGUUGUUUCUUAUGAGGCACGGAUGUCAUCAUCUUCAACAAGUAGUUCCCAGUCAUUUGCAGGGUUUCAGAUGCAGAAGUCCAACACUAUAUCUUUUACACAGCGUACCAGCUCCCAGGAGACAUACUCUAGCUCGGAAACAUUCUCUAGUGCCAGUCACUCUAGUCUGGAGAGUCUACCUAAACCACCACCGCUACCACCGAAGAAACGUCACAUACAAGCCUACAUGCAGACAUUCGGGAAUUAUACCCAACCCAGUGCAAUAACAGACUGUGUAUACUCGCGCCACUCAAUCAACUUUUACGAGUCACAGUGGCAUAACCACCAGAUGGAGUUACAGCCACAGAUGUAUCCACGCUCAAAUACGAUCAGUGUCAUCUCUGACCUCAGCUCCGACUCUUCCUUCAGUGGAAGUGCCCCAAACAGUCCAAUGAUCCCUCCCCUCCCCACAAAACUCAGGGAUAAUAUUAACCGUGAUAGUCAGCUGUCCACAAAUUCCAGCCAAUCCGACUUCUCUGCCCAAGAGUUUCCAGUGGAAGUAUCACGAGAGAAGGCUGCCAGUUUGAUAGAGGGACCAACACAAGGAUCUUCCUCGGAUGUUGAGCCAAAACGGUCAUCAGCCCCUCCAGGACAGAUACCAACCAAGGAUAUUUUGGCUUUAGCCUCGGUUGACCUCCCAACCAUCACUACUACAAAACCUGAGAUCCAGCGGGAUGCAGACUCUGACUUCGCAGAGAUCAACCCACUUGAUGAUGUUGACGUGUCUGAUCAGCUUAUCAAGAAAAAAGAAAAGGAGGAUGGCCCAGAAAUACGUGGUGGGUCAGUAGAUGCUUUAGUUGUCCAUGCCUCAGCUGCUGGCAAGUCAGGGUCGGACACUGAUUUGGCUUCAUGUAAUCAGGAAGAAUUUAUGUACCAAGAGGCAUUCCUGACUACCUACCGGACAUUCAUCUUACCCCGUGAUCUCAUUGACAAAGUCCUAUACAGAUUCAACAAGUUUCAGCGAGCUGGGGACAACAAAAAGAAGCGACUUGCACGCAAUGGGUUUUCCCUACUUGUCCGAAUCAUCGAUGAACUUAGUCAUGCAGAGUUAGAAGACCAGAUCAUACAGAAAAUGAUGGAACUGGUGUUUGAACUCCUGUGUCAGGGUAACCUGAUGCUGGCCCGCAUCCUCAGGAAGAAGAUCAUUGAAAAGUGUGAGGCAAAGAAAGCUCACAGUGAGGUCGCUCAGACCAUGAACAUCACUUCCUCCAUAUCUCUGGCCUCUAGCCCUGCUGAUCUUCUACAUUUGAAGUCACAUGAUAUUGCAGAACAGAUGACACUAAUGGAUGCAGAGUUGUUCCAGAAAAUUGAGAUUCCAGAAGUUCUUCUGUGGGCCCGAGAGCAGUCGGAGGAACUGAGUCCAAACUUGACCGAGUUCACAGAACAUUUCAAUAAAGUCUCCUACUGGUGUAGGACACAAAUUCUCAUUCAGGAGGAAGCAAAGGAACGGGAAAAGUAUUUAAUCAAAUUUAUAAAAAUCAUGAGGCACCUGCGAAAGCUGAGUAAUUUUAAUUCCUACCUGGCCAUCCUGUCAGCUGUAGAUUCUGCACCCAUACGACGUUUGGAGUGGCAGAGACAGAAUCUGGAGGCCCUGAAAGAGUUUUGCCAGCUCAUUGACAGUUCUGCAUCAUUCCGUGCCUACCGACAGGCUUUAAGUGAAACAGAGCCCCCAUGUAUACCUUACAUUGGACUGAUCCUACAGGACUUGACGUUUAUAAACAUCGGAAACCAAGACUUCCUACCUGACAAAAAUGUUAACUUUGCCAAACGUUGGCAGCAGUUCAACAUCCUUGAUAGCAUGAGGAGGUUCAAGAAAUGUAAUUAUGAAUGCAAGAGGAAUGAAAAAAUCAUGGCGGUGUUCAAUAACUUUGAGGAUUAUCUCAGUGAAGAAAGUCUCUGGCAGAUAUCGGAAAAAAUCAAACCCAGAACUGUGAGGAAAAAGACUGAACCAGUGGAACCUUGAUAAAACAUUGGAAAGAUCCAUUCUGCUCUAGCUGAAAGUAGAAAAUAUCACGUGAUGUAACCUUACCUCUCUGGAAGUGGGAAAAUCACAGGAUGUGAUCUAACCUUUAGCUGGAAUUGAGAAAAAUCUUAGUGGUGACCUUUCAACCUCUAACUGGAAGUAGGAAAUAUCAUUGCAGAUGACUUUUCAGCUUCUGACUGGAGGUGGGAAAUAUCAUAGUGUUGACAUUUUAACCUCUAGCUUGAAGUGAAAAAUAUGGAAUGUGAUCUUUCAACUUCAAAGCCUGAAGAGGAAAAAUAUGAUAAGAUAUGAAAUGUGUAAAGGUAUGAUUUUGUAUUAAGAAACUAUUAUUUAAAUUGUUGAAAGUGGGAAAAGUACUGAAAGGUUGACGAUAUGUAUACAUGGCUGUUUUAAACCAAGGGGAAUAACCCUUGUAGACCAGUAGCACAGUAUACAAUAUAUGGUAGUUUUUAUUUUUAGAGUGUUGGUCGGUGCUAUGCUUUUAGAUAAGGAUUAUACCAUGGUAGUUUAAAUCUCAAUAGACAAGGCCUUAGGAGAUAUUGUCAGUUGACAAUACACUAUCAAACAAGUCCAUUUCAAAUAGAAUAAAGGAGUAGUAGGCCAAUCAGAUGCCUCAAGUUUUUAACCAGAUACAGAUGGUUUUCUUAUUCAAAUCUGAUAAUAGAUUAAAUCAUCCUGCAAAGUGUUGUGUCAGCUUUGUUUUUCAUCAGGUAUUCGUAUUAACUAAAAUUGGGUAGUCUCUCAGCCUUGUUAUACAUUGGGUUGUCUCUCAGCUCAACCUUGUAUUACACAGGGUUAUAUGAGUCUUGUAUUACUCGGGGUUGUAUGAGCUUGUAUUACACAGGGUUGUAACUUCUUUGUCUUACAAAGGAGCUUUGUAUAACAUAGGUUUGUAACAUCUUUGUCUUACAAAGAAGCUUUGUAUUACACAGGGUUGUAACAUCUUUGUCUUACAAAGGAGCUUUGUAUUACACAGGGUUGUAACAUCUUUGUCUUACAAAGGAGCUUUGUAAGAGUUGUAUAUCAGGCCUGUAUUACAUGGGUGAUAUCAACUUUGUUUACAUAGUGCUGUGCCAGCCUUGUCACAUAUAUAGGAUUGGUUAUUUGCAUCUGCUUUCAAUAUCAGACAAGAUUGUGUCAAUGGUAAGCUUCAUGCAAUUUUGCCAAGUUUUUUAGUGAAAAAAGAGCAUGCAUUUCUAUGUUUGCUACUUUCUAAUUGAAACCUAUUAAUUGCAGAAAAUUUCAGUGAUAAGUCUGUGUUCAUUUAGUGAUAAUAUAUGUCAAAAUGCAGACCUGGAUGAUGUUUCUUUUGACUUUAUGUGUUGUACUGGAAUAAGGAAAGCAUGUUGGAGUCCCUCAUUUUGGUUAUGUUUGGUAGCAUUUAAAAUGCAGAAAAUUGGGAAAAUUCUGAAUUGUGAUAGAGGAUGUUUUUUGGUCUACUUUUAUUGAUACUGCCCGGGUAUUUAGAAUUAUAGAUUUAUUGGAUAGGGCCACUAAUAUGCAAAUUAGUUAUACCAACAUUUAUCACAGGGUAGAUAUUGUAUAUGCAAAUGAUUAACAUAUGUACUAGUCUGUAGUGACUACUAGGGCAGGCAUUAGGCUGUAAAAGAUGAUGUCAGUAUAAUUAUAUCAUGAAACAAAAUCAUUUCAUUCAUAACAAUAUCAUAUUUAUUCCAAUUCAUUGUUUAUGUCCUAUCUUUCUGUUAAUCUUCAUAUACAUGAUAUGGACUACCUUUGCAUACUUUUACUUUCUGUUUACAUAUAUAAAGUACUACUAUCUUAAUUAUCAUUCUUAAAAUUGUACACAAUUCAGAAAUGUGAUUUUUACUGGGUGAUGCAUGCUAUAAGCACUUGCUUUGUAUGUCAUUUGGAUCAUUUUGUAGUUGUGAUGAAGUGCCAAGACAAUAAGGCUUGUUUCGAUGGAUAUGUUUGGCGAUGUACUUACAAGUCUGAUAUAAUCAUUAGUAUUAUAGACAUAGUAGUGUUUAUAACAUGAUUUAUCUCGAUGUUUACAGUCACCUGACCUGUACAAUAUAUUACACGACAUGUGUGUGCCUGACAUUUUGUCCUGUUGGCAAAAGAAUGAUUGAAACUUCGUGAAAAAUGACUAAACCAAGAGUAUUUAUUUCAUUCAUGACUAGAAUAUGGAGAGGUGGAAAUAUUUGAGUAUGCUAGGGGGUAACUGAUGUAUGAUAAAAGUUGGUGGAUUUGGUAUGGUGUAGUGCGAUGUGUGUAGAUGUUGCUUCUGUAAAUAAUGGAUAUAAGUAGUAGACUGAUGGAUGUAGGAUGUUACAAGUUUAAUUUAUUGAAAUAUAGAUGUUUGCACAAAGUGCAUUUUUGUGCUAAUGACUGUACACAUAGUAUGCAUUAUACUACAGUACUAAUGAUAUUGGAUCUGUUACUGUUUGCAUAACAUUCAAAGUCAACAAUGUACACCUGGAAUGUCAGCAAUGUACAACUGGAAUGUCAGCAAUGUACACCUGGAAUGUCAGCAAUGUACACCUGGAGUGUCAAUAAUGUACCAAUUAAAUGUCAACAAUGUACAUAUGAAGUGUGAACAAUAUAUCAAACGUAAACAAAGUUUACACCAAUUGUGAACAAUGUUUACGUCAUGUCUCAACAAUGUACACCUCCAAUAUCAACAAUGUACACCUCCAAUAUCAACAAUGUACACCUCCAAUAUCAACAAUGUACACCUCCAAUAUCAACAAUGUACACCUCCAAUAUCAACAAUAUACUUACUUAGUAGCAGUGUGUAUUGCAAAUGCAAACUUUUAACACUCAGGUGUCACCAGUGUAUCAGAUUAUGUCAACAGUGUACACUUCCAUUAUUACCAAUGUAAACUUAUACCAGUAGUUACAGCUGUAUGUAGUCAUGUAACUAGUGUGUACAGCCAUACUGAGUGUGUUCAGCCAAUUUAAGCUAUAUUGUGCUUAUGAUGAUGGUGAUACACUUGUAUCAAACAGUUAUGUAUAUAUAGGAGCACUUGUUAGUGUAUGCGCACCACAAUGUAUCAUGUAUUGUUUAUUUAUUUUAUAUGUUAUGCAUAUAGAUAUGUAAUUAUUAUGAAUUAAGGGACAGUUGUAAUACUUCAUUACCAUUAGUUUUAAUGUUGCUAUGAUAUAGAUAGGGAGCUGACUUUAUUUUUACAAGUGACAGCCCAGCAUGACAAUGACCAGAUUUUAUCUGUGUAAAGGAUUGAUUGACAAACAUGAGGAAAUACCUGUAUUUACUUUGUAAGCUUAUAUGACAGACAUUAUUCAAUAUCUGUAUUAAUCAUCAUCACUGUGAAACUCGGUUUUAUAAGCAUGCAAGAUUCGGUUCUGCUUUUAAAUAAAGGUGACCGAAAAAGACAAACAUUAUUGUAGGAAGUUUUGUGUAAAAUAUGAGUUACUAGGAUAACUUGAUAGAGAAUCUACAUGUAUCUGCAUGUCACAUGCUGGCAAGGUACUGUCAGGCCAAGGUAGUGAAGGCCACUCGUACAUACACAUUUGUCUUGUAAGGUGAUAGCUGACUAUGUUCAAAAGAUGUACGAAAGGUCAGUAUAUAUUUACUGGUAGGUUUAGCUUUUCAGAGUGAUGUCAAGUAGAAGUAUUUGUGAGUAGAUUCCUUAGAUUAUGUUCUUUUCAUAUUCAUCAUGCAAAGAAACUAUCAAAAUAUUAUACCAUAAAAACUCUUGUAAGUUGUCAAGUGACAUCCUGUCAGAUAAAGAGCUGAAAGAAAAAUUAAACUUUUAAUUGGUUCAUAUCAUUUAUAAUUUGAACAACACUUAAUUUGAUUUUUUAAACAGAAAAACACUACAAAUUACAACAGUUUUUAUGGUGAUGGAUGUUUGUUAUGACAAGGUAAUAAUGCAGUUUUAAUCUACAAUUGUUGUGAUAGAAAUAAUGUAUUAUGCAGUAUCAUUUUACAUGCAUUAUGAAUUUGAUAAUUUUGUAAUUAACUAGUGAAUGUCAAAAGUUGUUACAUAUUAUUAUUCCGUUGGUCAAAAGAAUGAUUGUGCCUGUGUGAACGUACAUCCAAUGACAUUUAUACAGCAUUUACACACUGAAGUUAUUCUUUCUGGAAGAUCCUUAUCAAACUUACAGAAAACAUCUUGUACACAUCAACUUAAACUUAGAUAAUCAAUCACUUUGGCUUGGGUUUUUAUGGUAUUGUGUAAAUAAGAUCAUCUUCGGUUUUCUUGUUUUUAUCACAGAUUGUUUUUCAUCAAAAAGUGUUUCUACCAGUGGAAUUAUUGUCAUAAAUUUCAAACAAAACUAUGUUGUCACUAAUUGUUGAGGGAAAAAUAUUCGUGAGGAAGGACCUCAGGUUGGCAUUGUUUUGUCAAAGAUGAGUGGUAGAAAAUAUAGCAAAUGAAAGUUGUUAGGGGAAAGUAAUUAAAGGGAGACAAUUUCAUUUUUAAAAAUGAUUGAAAUGAAGAUAUUAUGCAAUGAUGAGUACAGAAAAGAUAAAGGUCUUAUGUGAUGUCAUCAAUGAUUACACAGAAUGGAUAUCUCUAUAAAAAAAAAUUGUAUAACAAACAGCUGAAUUCUGUAUAUUGUUGCUUUUAACCUACCCUAAGACCAUGACUUAAAGGAGAAGCAAGAUGGAUGUUACAGUGUAGAAUGGUUGGUAGAGGAUGUGUUGUUCUGAUAAAUACCAGAGUUUUACCCAUGACAUUUUCCAAAUUAUAUCAUUUGUACUUUCUCUAUAGGUGAUUAUUUUGGCCAGCUAGAGAAAACACAUAUAUUGACCAAAGACAAGUAGAAAAUUAUUAUGGGAAAAAAAGUGAUGGCUAUAAUUGUAAGAGAAUUGUUUGGAAAAUCAAUGGUUUUCAAAGAUGUGCAGGUAAUAGCUUUAGUCGGUGGGAGAUUGCUUUAGUCAAACAGACGAUUGCUUUGGAUAGACAAUUAUUUUCUACCAGUAACUGUAAUGAUGAAAAUAUUUUUGUACAGGUGACUCGUUCAUAUAAUAUAACACAUGUAAGGAAAGGCUCUCCAUAUUUUGAAAUAGAUUUUAAAUUGACUUCAUACUUCUUUUCAUACAGAAUUUGACAUGACUUCGUAAUUACAUUUUCCUUUGUUGGGUUUGUACAAUAUUUGUGAGACUUGAGAGUGAUUACUUGGAGUGUUGAGUCCAGUCCACCACUGAAGAGUUACUACCAUGAGAGUAAUGCCUAGUUAAACAAACAACUGGACAGUUACAACAUUGAUGGUGACUCUGAGUCCAGUUCACAACUGGAAAGUAAAUACUGUAGGCGUGACUCCCAAGUCCAGCCUGUGACUUGAGAAUGACUUCUAUGGGUGUAACUCCUAGUCCAGUCAAUGACUGGAGAGUAACUGCUGCAGACUGACUUCUAGCCCAGUCCAUGACUGUCUAUGUUCAUGUUCAUGAGUGUCCACUGAGGGUGUGACUUUUAGUCCAAUCAAUAGCAAAGAUUGACUACUGUAGAUGUGACUUUUAGUCCAGCCAAUGACUGGAUAAUGACUACUGUCAGUGUGGCUUUUAGUACAGCCAAUGACUGUAGAUUGGCUACCGUGGGUGUGACUUUUAGUCCAGCCAAUGACUGGAGAUUGACCACUUUGGUUGUGACUUCUAGUCCAGCCAAUGACUGUGGAGUAACCAAGGAUAAGUGAAAGGAAUACUUUUAUGUUGAAAUUUUUCUGAUGAGUGAGUACUUAAAUUGUUUUGAGGUUUAAAUACAACUUAUAGACUAUAUUAUUAUGUUGUGAUAGAGAUCUACUGAAAAGUGGUUUAGUGCCCUUACAUACAAUCAUUACUACAUGCUCAUACGUAUUAGAUUCCAGCAUCUUACCUUCACACCUCAUCAUUAUCAUCAGUCACCAUGGAAAACUUGAGUACUUAUUAUAUAUCUUUUUACAUCAUCAUGACUUCCCACACACGGUAAAACAUUUAGUAACAGGAAUGGUCUGUUACUUUGUGUCACAGUAUCUGCUUCAUGGCUUUUUGGGCAUUACUAGUAUGAUUUGUGAGCUUAGCACAUGCUAUUUUCACUUUAUGAUUAUACGUGUAUUCUGCUGUCAAAUUUCAGUUCUCAUGACUAGUGUGUUACUACACUUUUAUUGAAAUUACAAUUAAAGCAAGGAAAUUCAAACAGGACUAAAGACGAUCCAAACAAAUUGGUUCUCUAUUGAUAAAACCUUGGAUUUUGAGGAUCAGAGAAGUGCAUUACAUUGGACAUCAAAUAAAAAGAAAUUGUAAUGACAUCUGUUCUUAAAGUAGAUAAUUUGCUGUUUGAUUGCAAGUUUAGAUGAUUUUAAACAUUAAAAAAUAGCAAAGAAACAACAUGCUGAAAAUGGUAAAUAAUUGGAAGUGUGGUUCUACUUGAUGGCCAUUUUGUCAGCCGAUCCAUAUUCAGUUUUUCUUAAUCUCCCAAAUAUGACAGACUAACAAAUUAGCCCAGUAUUGAUCGUUUCCUUGAUGUGCCAUGAGUUGUUAUACAAUUCAAGUUUUAAGAAAGUGCUUUUAAUUUUUGUUUUGUUAAUAUGAUGUGUUUUUGUUGAAUACAGCUCCCACUUUGUGUAAUUGUUGAGUUUACAAGGCUGUGAACAAAAUAUUCAGUUUUGAAAGUUAGAUAGAAAUUCAGUGUAUCGUGUGAGAAGUUAUUUAUCAUAUUGGAAUUUUAUUUCAGUAGAAUUUUUUUUACGAACUCGUCUCACUUUAUCUCAACUUUGACCAAAGAUUAUUUUCUUAUUUUUGUUUUUUUAUAAAUGAAUAAUGAAAUUGAGUUGUAAUCUUACCUUAAGCCUACAAAAAAAAAAGGAUUUUUUUCUUAAUAUCAAAUACAUAUAAAAAUCAUUAAUAUUAUGUUUCAUCAAAUUGAGUUAAAAUCUUAAGAAUUCUGAGUCUUGUAAUAUAUUCAACAGAACCAUACAGUUCUAUGCUGUUGAUGUAAUAUAAAAGUCAUUGGUUGAAUUACUGUUAAAAAUGGGCUGUUAUAUAAUAGGAUGACAAAGCCAUUCAGAUUGGUACUGUAGUAACUGGGGCAAUCUAGAUGGAGAAACUACUUAUAACUUCAUGCAAACAGUCAGAUAAUUUAAGCUACUUGUUGUAGUAUCACAUCCUAUAAUGUUUGAAAUGUACACAUUACUGGUAGUUUUGUUGAUACUUGUGUGUCACCAAUGUAAAUUGUUUAUUUGUAGGUUUUACAUAUGUUACAAUGGUAAAGGUAUGAUACCGGUCCGUCUUUACCGUUUAUUUAUUUAUAUCCUAUGUUAAUGAGUUACCAGUAUAUACAUAUAUGUAUAUUAUCCCGAUGUAAUUAGUAAGAACUUGUGAGUGUAUUUAAAAGUAUUUUAAUGAUUAUUUGAAACUUUUGUGUAAAUUUCUUUGAGUAUUUGUACUAUAUGUCAUUAUCACCCAAUGAUUAUUUAAAAAACCUAAUGUGACAUUUUUGUAUGUGUUUAUACACAAAUGUAUUAUUUAUACCCUUCUAGACUGUGACAGUGUUACUAUAAAUACCCAUGUGUAUAUCAUGUAUAUCCGUGUCAGUUUUCCAGUGUUUCAAUGGUGCAUACAUAAGUUUAUGUUCUAGUGAAUGGCUGAUGAUCCCAUCGUCUAUCAAUGUGAUAUUUUUCCUUCCUCUCUCUCUCUCUCUCUCUCCCUGUCACGUGUUGUGUGUCCUCAUCACAUAAUUUUCUCAUCACUGAAUUUAAGCUGUACCAAAACAUACAGAAACGACAUAAAUAAAACAGUCAAUACACUU